AUGGUGCGUACAAAGAACGCAAGCUUUAACAAAGAAACAUAUCCAGUAGGUGAAGUCGAAAAGCCAACAGAAGAAGAAGAGACUCGUGGAGAUGAUUCAGAAAAAACAGAUUCAAAUCCGGAAUCAGAUUCUGGGGAUUCAACGGAGUCCGAGGAGGAAUCCGAGGAGGGAACAGAAGUAAUGCAACCGGUGAACAUGUACUUCAAUAGAUACGAGUACAUGAAGCCAUUCAAGCUAUCUGCUAAGUGUUAUAUCACAAGGACAGUGGACUUCUUGAGAGCUCACCUUAAGUCUCAUGAGUUGGACUGGUUACUAGGACACCCACAGUUCAAACACUUCUUCCAUAUGCCGAAUGAUGCCAAUCACAAAUUGAUGGGUAUGUGGAUGUUGCUUCUCCGGACGGCGUCUAUAGAGAAGAAAAAAGAAUGUUGGUUCAUAGUAAAUGGUACUCCCAUCAGAUAUUCUCUUAAAACAAUGGCACUGAUUUCUGGCUUAUACUGCCAUGAGUAUCCCCGGGACAUGGAAACUCUGGGCAGUAAUGAGUUUGUUGGUAAGCAUUUUGGUGUUGGCACAACAAUAAGAUAUGAUGAUGUCCAAGCAAAACUUUUAUCGAUGAAGAGAGCUUCUCCAGAUCGAGUGAAGAUGGCGGUCCUCAACUUCUUGUGUAGUGUGAUCAUAGGGAAGAAGAAGGCAGGGAAAAAAGCACCAUCCGUAGAGCCAUUCUUUCUUAGGGCUAUUGAUGAUUUGGACAUGUGUAAAACGUUCCCUUGGGGUCGUUUGGCUUUUGAUGAGAACAUGAAGGACAUCUUUCAUUGUAUGAACCACUUUGGUGGAGUUUUGAGCACAAACCAAUGGGUCUUUCCUAGUUUCGUCAUUCCGUUGGAGGUAAUUAUUGAAUUAUGA